GAAAAUGUUCCAAACACGUUAGUACUGUAAUGUAAGUACAAACGUAUCAAGCUAAAGAGAAAACACAUGCUUUAAACCUAAAAUAAUGUACAUAUAUUAACCAAAAUACCCUUUAUUUAAGCUUUUCAAUUCGUCACACAAAAGCAGAACUAGAUUAAAGUAAAACUAAUCAUAUUGAUAUCUAUUUUGAUUCACAUAUUCUUGAAAUGUGUGAAAAAAUUACAAAUUACAAAACUUCAGAAAUUGUUUCAAUUGUUAGGUGUUCUCAUUAUUGUUUUCACCUUGUAAGCAUUCUAAUUUGCACGAUACCUGGUUUUCGUUUUAAGGUUGUUGGUCUUGUUGUCGAUCUGAUGUUCUCAUUUUGAUCCUAGAUGAAAGUUAAAUGUAAAAGUGCUUUUAUAUAUUCAUUUUUCUUUUCCAGUAAUUUCAAUGAAAGAGCAAAAAAUCGUUAACUUCAAUGUAAUGUAAAUUUUAUUGAAUGCGUCAAUCGUUAUCGUAAAUUAUGAUGAGAAAUGGACCCGACCCACUAUUCGACUGAGACAUGUCCAAACUAUGCAGUGGUAACCCAUUUCAACAGACAACAGUUCAUUUAACCCUACCUAGAACAUACAUUGCCAGAAAGCAAACUGUUUGUUAACAUGGAGACGGCGUCGUUCGCACUUCGCCGGUAUUCUAUCGAACUUGCAAGCAUAGAACAACGUACCAUUUGACGAGGGUGAAAUUUUCACCUCCUUGCUAUUCUACGGCCAACCAUUGAACUCUGAAGUUGAAGGUAACAGUUUGCUGAUCCCGAUGAAAAACAUGGAUGCGGUUCUGUUGGAACGUGAGCGAGUCCUUUUCCGGAUGAAUGAAGAAAUUAACGCCAAAUCACGUGGAUUUUUUGAGUUGAACGAAAAUGUCAGUUGGAUGAAUACCAAGAGAAGGAUGAAAAAUAACAUUAGAAAGCUGAGCAAUCCUCAGUCAAGCCUGUCGGACAGUUCGACCACUAGUUCCAGUGAUGGGGGCAAUAAUAAGGAAAACGAUUGCGAUCAUAUUAGCCCAUCUGAUGCGGAAACUGAAUUUAAUGAUUGUGCGACGCAAUGCACGGAAGAGAAAUCGGUAGAAAGCGAAAAGGAUACAAGCUCGUCAUUAGGAUCGCCAAAGGAAGAAUUGCAGCUCGUAAAGGCCAGUGAGAAAAAGAUAAAUAAUAAAGCCGUUGCCAAGCAGAACUUGGCGGUUUCGAAUGGUACCAAGAAUGUGAACAAGAAUAUGGCCGAUGUAGUGCCGAAAGUGCUGGAGAAAAAGAAUAUCAGUUCCGAAGGGUUGAUCAAAUUUUUAAAGUCAAAGGUUGCCAUCAUUCAGACAGAAUUGGAAGCCGUGCAGAAGCAAAACGAAGCCAACGUGAAGGAUUUGAAUUUGGCACUUGAUCGGUUGAAACAGUUAGAAAACUUCAAAGAGCAACUGUUGACUAAGAACGCUGCUCUGGAACGCACGGUGAAAAAGUUUGAAGAGCGCAAUUUGGAGCUGGACAAACAAGUUAAGGAAAAGGACGCCCACAUUACCAAUGGCGCAAAAGAGUUGUCCACUGCUCGGACUGAGAUUCGCUGUUUGACCCAAAACAACCAAAACCUAGAGAAAAGACUGUUCAAAGCACAGGAAGACAUUGACAGUUACAAGAUAAAGCUGAAUAUUGCUCACGAUGCCGAAAAGGAAACCCGUGAUGGAGCUCGCCAAGAGCGAUUGACAUACGAGAAGCAAAUCAAACAGUUGCGGAAACAAAGGAGUGAAGUACUGGCAGAUUACAAGAAACUGCUGAUGGCUGUCGAUCAGAUGAAGAAGCAAAACUUCCAAUCGGACCAGGCCCGUCUCAUUAGUGACUUCGAGCGGGACUAUUUUAGACAUCUGGACGAUGUCUCUUCAUGUUCUCUGCCACAAUGAGAAGAGCAGAAUGUUUCGAUAUCUAUGUCGUGUAGGGUUUCCAGGUUUUAUGAGUGCUCUGAAUAUUAGUAGGGAAGUUGCCAUAAUUUAAAUAGUUGCCUAGAGUGUGAUAGGGUGUUUCAUGUU